AUGUCCAAUGAAGAAGAAGAAGAGUGGCGGAAAUACAACAUCCACGACGCGCGAUCCCUCCCCACGCCUUCUCAUUCAAACGAGGAGUAUUACGUGUACCCGUUCGACGACCGAAACAAAAGCGACCCCGACGAGUUGCAAACGCGAUGCGAGGCGAACUUUUGCAGCGCGGAGGAUAUCGGUACGCAUUUGUGUAGCGGAGAUAUGUUUACCUAA